AUGAAAAUGAGAUAUCCCACGGAAGCCAUGAAAGAAAACAUCUUCAGCUCAGCUGGAAUCGAUGAUUUGACUGUCGAAGACAUUCGGCUAUUGAAUCAAUGGAAUGCUCACUUUCCAAGUGCCGUCGAUUCUUGUGUCCCAAAGGUCAUUCAUGAUCGCAUUCGAACUCAACCUAAUGCACCCGCCGUUUGCAGUUGGGAUGGCGAGUUUACCUACGCCGAGAUUGGAACAUUGUCUACGAGGCUAGCUCUUAGGCUACUCAGUGGUCCUCAUGGAGUUACCAUUCGCCCAGGGAAUUUUAUCCCAAUUUGUAUGGAGAAAUCACGAUGGGUUCCUAUUGCAAUUCUGGGCGUCCUUAAGGCCGGGGCUGCAUUUGCCAUUCUCGAUUGCAACCAUCCACCAGAACGGUUGCAGUCCAUAUGCCAGGAUAUCGAAGCAGAUCUGGUACUUACAUUGGCCAAUCAGUCAAAAAUGGCCUCGACACUUGCGCCCGCUUCUGUGAUUGUUGGCGAAGACCUCUUGCAGGAGGAAAGCAGUGAAGAUCUGUGUGAGCAGUCAUUGUGUCCCAGCAUCUCACCGAGUAGCCCGUUCUGGGCGGUAUUCACAUCGGGCUCGACGGGAAAGCCCAAGGCCGCGAUAAUCUCGCAUUCAGCAUUCGUGACCGGAGCAUUGCCGAAUAUAGAGCAACUCGAGAUUGGGCCAAAAUCUCGCGUGUUUCAAUUCGCCUCCUAUGCAUUUGACGUUGGCAUCGUGGACAUGCUCUUCACUUUAAUCGGCGGUGGUUGCAUCUGUGUUCCAUCCGAGUGGCAGCGAAAAAAUGAGCUUUCCCAGACGCUCAACCGUCUGCAAGCAAACUGGGUCUCAUUCACGUCCUCUUUAGCACGUAUUCUGAACCCGACAAGCAUGCCAACUCUCGAAUAUCUUCAUCUGGUAGGAGAGACGGUGACUCAGCGUGAAAUUGACCUGUGGAGUCCGCAUGUUAAGCUGAAGGUCGGAUACGGCCCAUGCGAGGUAGGUCAUUGCAAUGCGACCAUCGUACCCGAUAUGACUCUAGCACCUGUUCCAAACAACAUUGGUCAUGCGCCGGCCUUAUGUUGCUGGGUGGUGGACCCUCAGGACCACCACAAGCUCAUGCCAGUGGGUGGUGAAGGAGAGCUGUUGCUCGAAGGCCAUGCACUUGCAGAAAACUAUUUCAAUCAACCACAGCAGACAGCAGCGGCCUUCAUCGACCCCCCUGCUUGGAUGGCGCAGGACAGACGUGCAAAGUCUGGGAGGAAACUGUAUAAAUGUGGAGACCUGGUCCGCUAUAACAACAGAUUCGAUGGCUCGCUUGACUUUCUUGGUCGAAAGGAUACUCAGGUGAAGAUUCGCGGUCAGCGGGUAGAGCUCGGGGAGGUUGAGGUGAAGGUGAAAUCCUGCUUCUCACUAGCAAGAGACGUGGUUGCAGAGGUGGUAGCGAUCAAAGAUAAAGCCCCGCAACUAUGUGUUUUCCUGCAUUGUCCUGGUAUUGAGGCCAUCAGGGACGACAAUGGCUGUCAUUCUUAUUCAAUAUGCGGUCAUUCGACGCCUUCGUUUGAGGAAAAAAUUCAAGAGUUGAAACUAAAGCUUCAGACCCAACUGCCUGCAUACAUGAUCCCGUAUCAUUUCAUCCCUAUCACUCAUGUACCGAUGACGACGUCAAUCAAGACGGAUCGCAAGCUUCUCAGAGAGGAUGCGAUGGCUUUUUUGGGAGAACUUAGUCUCCUCUAUCGCGAUCAGCCCAGGGCGUCGAACUCGAGAGAUCUAUCUACGGUCAAUGGAAAACUCUUGCAAAAGUUGUGGGCUAAAGUCCUGAACAUCUCAUCGGAUAUGAUUGAUUCCCAGAGUAACUGGGUUGACCUUGGUGCAGAUUCAUUGUUGGCCAUCAAGCUUGUUCACUGUGCUUCUCAGGAGGGUCUUUUGAUAAGCGUCCAAGAUGUCCUCCAAAAUCUCAAUCUAGCCGCCCUUGCAAAAGUCGCGAAGCUUGGCAAUGUCAUCACUCCAUGGGAGGCCCUGGAGCCCUUUGCAUUGCUAGGAGAUGAUCGGAUUGAACAACAAAAGAUUGUACAAAACGUCUUGAGGCAAUAUGACCUUCUGGACACUCCAAUCACAGCCAUUGAUGACAUAUAUCGCUGCACCGAUGAUCAAGUCCAAUCGAUUCAUCUUUCGGCUAGGAGAAUGGGUAAUCUUACGAUGCAAAUUGAAUUGACUGAAUCGAACUCGGAGCAGUUUUGCGAUGGAUGGUGUAGAAUGUUGCAGGAUACUCCUAUUCUCCGCACUGAGAUUGUGGAGAUUGAUGGUCAUUAUUUCCAAGUGGUUAUGAAGACCGGAGCACCCGUUAUUGUUCGUCCGUCCAGGCCCCCACACGGAACUGAUAUAUGGGGGUUGAAGAAGCCACUGGUGCAGUUGAUUCGAGAAGCUGAUUCUGAUCGAUUUACGAUCUUAUUUCACCACGUCCUUCAUGACGGCUUUUCUCUUGAGCUGUUCUUACAGCAGCUGGAAGCGGCAUACGAGGGUAACCGCUCUCCUUCAACUUAUCCAUAUACUUCAUUUAUUAAAUGGACUUUGGAAACCGGUCCUCGUGUCUGCGACUUCUGGAAAAACAUGUUUGCAACCUAUGAUGCUUCGCGCGACAUAUUUCCCCCGCUGCCCUGUCCUGAAUAUGAACCCAGAGGCUCGAGCAUGCUUGAAAAGAAAGUCAAAAUGCCCAAACACUCUGUGCAUCGGACAACCGUGGAGUGUAAGCUUCGAUUGGCCUUGGCAGUCGCAAUUAGUGAUGCGACGAGUAACCGGGACGCUGUUUUUGGUAUCCAUAUUGCCAGGCGUGAUGCGCCUCUGCCCGGAAUUGCACACAUAUCCGGUCCCACAUCGGCUUCACUACCUGUACGCAUCCAGCUAAAUGAAGGGGAGACUUUGCAGGAGGCAUUGAAUGUGGUGCAAAAACAAGCCCUGGAAAGUAUCCCAUACCAAUGCGCAGAGCUAAGUCAUAUCAGCACUCUCAGCUCGGAAACCAGAGCAGCUUGUCAAUUCCGAACGAGCCUUAUGCUCCAACCUGACUUUAGCAGCACUAGAUCUGAUCGUGUCGCCAAAUGGCAAUUUCACGAGCCGAGAUUUGACUACUGGAGUCUCUGCUUUGUGGCUCAAGUUGAACAUGGUGGCAUUGUCAUUUGGGCAUUUUAUGAUGACGAGAUGAUAGCUACUUCACAAGUUCAGGAUAUGCUUGAUCGCAUGGGGAGAGUUGUUGAUCUGAUUGAGCAGAACCCGGAAAUCCGCAUUGGAGAAAUCCCCUGA